AUGUCGCACGCUGCGCUACCAGACAAGAUCGGCUCGCUCCUCUUCUGCUCCAACUGCGGCUCGCUCCUCGACUUUGCAAAGGACGACGACAGCAUCCGGUGCGAGCCCUGCGGCGCCGUCCAGGACGCCACCGUCUACGACAACCUGCGCGUCACGACCAAGUCGCACCCCUCGGCAUUUCCCUCGGCGCUCCGCCAGAAGCGCCAGCUCGUCAGCACCGCCGCCAACUACGACGACGCGGCCGCUCCCGCAGAGGCCACCAUCAAGGAGAAAUGCCCCGGCUGCGGACACGACGAGAUGAACUUUCACACGCUCCAAAUGAGGAGCGCAGACGAGGGCAGCACCGUCUUUUACACCUGCCCCAAAUGCGGCUACAAGUUUAGCCAGAACAACUGA